ACCUCCGUCUAGACGACCUCGCACUCUCAGGACCCAGCGUCCGCAGGCAGCCUACGCAAAUACCACACACCCAGCUCGGCCUCAGCAGCCUCUUGAUACCGACCAACCUCCUCGCGCGCCGCCACAUUCACGCCCAAAGUCCACCCGACACCAGCCUUUCAUUCGCCACGAUGAGAAACACAUUCGAAGCCACCCGCAAAGUCUGGUUCAUCACCGGCACCUCCUCAGGAUUCGGCAAACGCCUCGUCUCGACCGUGCUCUCGCGCGGCGACUACGUUAUCGCCACCGUGCGCAACCUCGAGAGCUUCACUCUCCCGGUCGGGGACCGCGCCCGGCUGCGCAUCAUCGUGCUUGACGUGUGCGACAGCACAGAGAACAUCCAAAAGACCGUCAACGAGGCCCUGUCCAUCUGGGGCCGCAUCGAUGUCGUCGUCAACAACGCCGGGUACGGGCUCAAGUCCCUGAUCGAAGAGGGAGGCGCACUGGCCGCGACGAAGCAAUUUCAGACGAACGUCAUGGGCGUGAUCAAUGUCACCAACGCCAUCCUGCCGCACAUGCGCGAGCGGAGGUCGGGCACCGUCGUGAUGAUCGGGAGCCGAUCGGCAUGGCAUGCCACCCCGAUCACUGGCUUCUACGUCGCAUCAAAGGCCGCAGUGCAUGCGCUCGCGGAGACAUAUGCGACCGAGCUCGCGCAAUUCAACAUCCGGGUCACCGUCUGCGCACCCGGGGCCUUCCGCACAGAAAACGUCCACAACGUCCCGUACACCUCGAAUUACCACAUCCCCGAGUACGACGCGCUCCGCGAAAAGACUACCGGCAUGUUCAAGUCGAUCGGGGCGCAGGCCAUGGGCGACCCCGACAAGGCCAUGAACGUCCUCGUCGACGCUGUGCGUGGCGAGGGCAAGGCCAAGGGCCGCGAGCUUCCGAUGUACCUCAUGCUCGGCAACGCGACCUACGAGCACGUCCGGGAACACUACACACGGCUACUCGAAGACAUGGACAAGUGGGAGGACAUCGCGAAGGACCUUGACUUUGACCCGGUGCCAAACUAAGCCAUAUGCGUAUGGGUACAGAACUGGUAUAACUUAUGGCUGGCUGGACUCGAAUGCAAUUGUUACCCUAGAUUACCGUAGACACUCCUAAUCCGCGCUCUGCUCGCGUAGCUGGCCUGGUAGCCAACAGAACCUCCCGUGUUUGACAGUCUUCCUGGCACCCAUCAGGAUUCCACCAUGUCUCAUUAGCCCGUAGUCAUUCUCUAGACAGCCCUCUUCAUGUACGUUCUGAUCGCCCUAAUGUCAUUGACGAUCUCCAUGCGCUCUGCA